GAGAGUGUCACACACACACUCGGUCUAAUACGAAAGCCAUAUAAUUUAAUUCUAUCCUCCUUAACUGUAAUUGUCAUCUAAACUUAAUAGCAAGCAGUACUCACUCAUGGCUAGUGAAACUCUUGAGUUGAAGCCAAUCCACUUUUUCAAGAUAAUACUUGCUCAAAAUCUUCAGGAAGGAAAGCUUAUGAUGCCAAGAAAGUUUGUGGAGAAAUAUGGAGAAGGUUUAUCAAAUGCUAUAUAUCUAAAGACUCCAAAUGGUGCAAAGUGGAAAUUAAAUUUGCUAAAAAUUAAUGGCAAGAUAUGGUUUGAAAAGGGUUGGAAAGAAUUUGCAGAGCAUCAUUCUCUAGCUCAUGGCCAUCUUCUGCUUUUCAAAUAUCUAAGAAAUUCUCGUUUUCUUGUGCGCAUCUUUGAAAAGAGUGCCUUAGAGAUAAAUUAUCCAUUCCAAAGAGUUGCAGCUAAAAAUGUCUCCAAUGGUCAAAAGAGAAAAGCUAACUCUUCUUUUGAAUUUCAUCAACCAUGUGAAAUUGGAAGCAAUAGUUGUGUUGAAGUUGAUAAAUUGAAUAAGGUAGCAACUUUGCAUCAUGCUGGCAGAGAGUCCAAAGGGAAACAAGUGCUUGCUACAAAGAGAGUUACAGCUCUUGAAAGAGCACAAUCUUUCAAAACAUGUAACCCAUCCUUUGUUGUUGUCAUGCGCGCAUCAUACGUGGAACACCGAUUUCUUGUGAAUAUACCACGUAAGUUUGGUAAUAGACACUUUGAUUUGGAUAAGAAGAGAGGAGAUGUAUAUUUGGUGUUAAAUGAAGGAAUUUGGCCUGCAAAGUACCUAAUCAGGAUGACCCUUAAAGGACCACAUUUUGAUCUCACAACUGGAUGGAAGGCAUUUGCAAAGGACAAUAAGUUGAAAGUUGACGAUGUUUGCAAAUUUGAGCUCAUCUCUUGCACUAUACUUACCUUCAUUGUUCACAUCUUUAGAGAGACAGACAAUGACAACACAAAUUGUUCAGCAUCUCAAAAAUUUUCCCAAGUGAAAGAAGAAGCUUCUCAAGGAUAAAGAAAAGGAAUGGAAAUCAUUACUACAAAUCUACAAUCAAAUCACUAAUAGUCUAUUUCCUAUAACUAAGAAGCUUAAUUAUUGUUGCAUGUAUCUGGUGCAUGUUCUAGGAGUACUGCUAAAAUAUGGAACACUAGACUAGUCUACUUCCUGUAACUAAGAAGUUCAACUUUUAUUUUGCAUUUGUAGGCAUUACUUUAUGCUAUUUCUUUGAAUGAGCUAUUAUGCU